AAGACGAACGUACUGGUAGCUAGUGGUUCGCCGCUCCGCUCCGAGACCAUCCGUGCGCGUGUGUGCGUGUGGCGUGGUUGGUGUGUGUGCGCGAGCGUAGAACGGCACCAAGAGCGGCUCCUCCGCAACGUCGAUGUGUCAGUGUCGAUCUUGAGGCUCGUACCAGCUUCGCCGUUCUUUUUCGAGCCAUCGGCCGUCUUCGCUCGCGAAAGGUCGUCGAUCGCUCCGGGUAGCAUCGAGUCGGUGAUCGAACAAGAGCAGCAUCCGCCAUUUUCGCCAUCUCCGUGCGUGAGGGGCCCAAUGAGGCCCACCGGUGCUGGUACAGUGAUUCGCGCGGCCGACGCCUGCGGCCGCGCCUCUGGAUUCCUGCACAGACAUCAGCACACGGCUUGCAGGAAUAGUCGUUAAAUUUUCACCACCGGGUAUCGCCGGGCCGUUUUUUUUCGCUCGUCGUUCUCCACGGUUCUCCAAAGGGUGUCCACGACAGCCCCUAGGCCGCGAGUGUACUAUGUGCUGAGUGUGCGUAUAUACAUGUGACAGCGGCUACACGUGGAGGUGCGUCAGUGAGGGACAACGACGACGACGGCUACGCCACUGCGCCGCAUACCAGCGAGGGCCUCAGGUCUGGGUACCAGAGAAGGGGGUUUAGAGAAGCCUAGAGAGAACUGAAAGGAAGCGACAGAGACGGAGCACGGGAAGGGGCCGCGAUAGAGGGAAGAGGCACGAAGGGAAAGAAAGCGACGGGGAAGAGACGGAGACAGCGAAGGAAAAAAGAGAAAGAGAGAGAGAGAGACACAGAGGGCAAAGCGGGACCCGAUACUGUCGGAGGGGGAUUUACAAGAAGGCGGCCAUAAUGGCCUGACGCGAUCUCGAGCGAGCGGCUACAGCUGCUGCGAAAUAUCCGCGCCGCCGAGUUCCUCUCGCCGUUGCUGCGCGCACGUAUUUUGCAACGCCGCGCUGCGACGACGUGUACGCGCCCGCUUGUCCGCCUGUCUUUGGAAAGCAGCGACUGCGUAAUCGACUGCGAGUGCUACCGGGCGGAGUCUCGUUGUAGCGUAAUCGCUCAAUGAGCUCCUGAGUCACAUCCGCAGCUCUAUGUUGCGCGUGGGAAACAAUUCGCCGGCUAAUAAUUAAGGUUCCCAAGAAUCGUAUCGCUGAGUAUCGCUGUCGCCGAUCGGGAAGAUCGACGCUUCAAGAUCGAUGCGUGGGACUUACGUACCACGCAUCGAAAUCUCCGAACAGUUUCUCCGUUUAGAACAAUUCUGAACCACUUUUGAGUGUUGUUCCUACAUGACAAUACGCGACUAAGACGCCGCGUACAAUUUUUUUUUUAUUGAAAGUAAUUAUUUAAUAAAAUUAUUUGUAACCGAAUUAAACGAAUGUCUCUUUACGUUCUACAACUAGCAACUGGAUUAUCAAAGAUAAUUUUCUCAUUAUCAAUCGCAUUCGCGUAAUUUUCAAAUUGUGUCGAGAUCGAAGUCGAUUAAAUCUGUCUGAUUGAUAAGUUAAUUGAGCCAAAUCAAAAAAAAUGAGGGGAGCUAAUCAAGAUACGGCGACACCGUAUUGUCGCUGCAGAGUACUCUAUUUGGGUAGCUCAGUACCUCAUGCGAGCAAGGAGGGACUCCUGGGCGUUCAGGAGCCUUUGAGAGAACUCUAUCCCGAGCAGGGUGCGUUGGGUGCGCGCGGAAUCGACUCUUGGCUAAGCGUUUGGAGCAACGGUUUACUUUUGGAGAAUGUUGACGAACAUCGCAAAAAGAUCACACGGUUCUUCCCUAUCGAGGCGCUUCAUUAUUGCGCCGCGGUUAGACACGUCAAAGGUGGAAACGGCGAUACGUCCAAUACGCGUUUCCUGCCACUGGACUCACCGUUCGCGCGGACGCCCAGCGCGAAUCAUCCACCCCUGUUCGCCGCGGUGCUGCGAAGAACAACCGGCAUUAAAGUUCUCGAGUGUCACGCGUUCAUCUGCAAACGGGACAUGGCGGCCAACGCCCUGGUAAGGUGUUGCUUUCACGCUUAUGCCGACAGCAGCUACGCGAAAGGCCUGGAGCCAUCGUCGGCGACGACGAACGGAGUCGCGACGAGUCAUCAGUCGAACAACAGUCUCUACCACACUCUGGGCGGCUCGAGCACCACUCUGGACAGUCCUCAACCGACCCGUUUGGACACAGCAUCGACCGACGACGUCAGUUUGUACAACGGCGAUGAAAAUCAUAAGGUUUGGGCCAGGGGUCGCGACGAAGUCGACGGUCUUUACCAAGAACAGGGCACCCUGCGAAGCACGAAGGGAUCUAGACCGCGCCAGUUGAUCGCCCCACCGCCGCCACCACCACCGCCACCCCCUCCCGCCCAACCGUUGUUGCUGGAGGAAUCCUCUUCCGCACGACGGAAAGCCAAUAAGAAACUCAAGAAGAUGAAGACUCGUUCGUUGCAUGAGGACGCGUUGCAACAACAACAGCAACAACAGCUCCUUCAUCAUCAAUUGCAUCAAGGCGUAUACGCCAAUGGCCACGGACACCACACUCUGGGUCAUCCUAUCAGGCAGCAACACUAUCAUCAUCAUCCGCUACCACCCAGCAGCCGAUCCGUCGCUGGCACUUUGGCUAGACCGGCGCCGGUGCUUUUGGUACCAGCAGCCACCCUACCGCGAAAGAGUCACCAUCAUCCGCGUUUAAGGCCCAUCCCGGCGGCGACACCAAUAGUCCCAGUCUACGCUCCCUUACCAGUGGUACCGCCGACCGCGGCACCGGCGGCGGCCAUUUAUCCAGCCACAUACGGUACCGCCGGAAACAGAGGCAGAAGACACAUAGAGGCGGAUAACUCCACCUUGAGCACAUCCAGGAGAUUAGCCGCCUCUCAUGCGGACCUCACCGCGCCGGAAGUCGCUCGACAGGCGGAUAGUCCGGAAAACGAGUCCCGCUUCGGUACCGGCAUAUACCGACGGAAGGGUCAUCUGAACGAGAGAGCCUUUUCUUACAGCAUUCGGGCGGAACAUCGUAGCAGGAGUCACGGCAGUCUGGCCUCCUUAGGCUUCAGCGCGCAAAACGGCAACGCGUUGCCGAAGGAGGAGAAAAAGGAUCGCGAGAUCGCCCAGCUGGUUGCCGGAUUGAAUCUCAACGACGGACCAGAACGGAUGCAGGCUCCGAAUUCGAGAGGUGGAUAUCAUCAUCAUCAACAGCAGCAGAUUCAACCGUUGCCCAGGCCGAGACCCCGUUAAAAUCGCUUCUUGAGAAGCUGGUCACUUGCAGUGUCAUGCUGUCUGAAGCUUUUUAGGUGAUCCAGAGCGAUUUCUGGAUAUUCUUUUCAUAGAAGAAAAUACUUUAAAGGGAGCGAAGCAUUUUUAGUUAAAUAGACGUAUUCACUUUCUUUAUCAGAUAUCUUGGUCAUAAAUUCAAAUACUAAUGUCCCUCACUAGAUUAGAAUGCUAACAGAUAUCGCGUGUUCGAAUGUCAAUCCGGCUGCCAACGAUAAAGUUAUAAUGAAUAAUUAAUAACUAUUGUUCGACCGAUAGAAAUUCUUCGGUGCAAUCCUCUAUUCUUUUAGCAGUGAUGUUACUGCUAGACAAUUGUUCGAAAUGAAUCUUACUUUUUCCGGUCGAUCGCGUUGAUGCAAUAGCGACUUUUGUCUGGGUUAACAAACAUCUUUUUGCAGCUUGCUUCACCAAGCGUGACAUCGGCGCUACAGUUACGAGCGAUUUCACGUUCCGUCGUCAUGUCACGUGGAAAAAGAUUGGCAUUGCAAAACGUUGCAAUUCCGACUCUCCGCAAGUUUUGCCAUAACGGUAUUAUACAGCAGCAGGUGUAUUUUAAAUUACCUUUUCUUAAUUACUUCGGUGACAAAAUAUAAUUCAUAUUCAUAUUUUUAUGACAAAAGUAUAUUUUCAUGAUGAUAAUCAUGAAUACGAUUAUCUAUCAAAAUUCCUGUAUAAAAGCAUUUUAUUGAAUCAGAUUAAACGCAUUCCAUAUGUGUGAAAAUGGAAAAUCAGCGAAACAUUAUAGAUUACAAUGAUGACAUAACGUCUCGAGAAACGCAACGACCUUUCUGUUGCAGAACAAACUAAUUAGACAGUAAUUAUUGUCGGCCUAGGGAAGGAGACAGUUCUACUGUCUAAGCUCAUUAGAUGAAUGCGCAAGGCAUGGAGGAAAAAGAGACUGCUAUAUGUAUUUUCUCUGUGAAAAUAAGUUGAAAGAUUUAUGAAUAGAUUAGCAAAGAUAUUUCAAUGUCGCCGGCAUUAAAGAUUAUUUCUUCGGAUACUUGAACACGUACUUUAAAUAUCAGAAUCUCAAUGGGUUCUUAAUAUCUUCUUUUCAUAUAAUUAAAUAAAGUAUCUUAUUUGAAAAAAAAAUUCUUAUAGUACUUUAACGAGAUAUAAAUUAAUUGACUGCACGCAUAACAUCUGUGUGCGAUUUAUGUAACUCGUGGAUUAAAAAGCAAGAUGGUGUGUUACAUAAAUAACAGGUAAAAAAAAAGUCUGGUCGGAAAUCUCAAUAUUUGUAUUCCCGAGAAAAAUACGCGAGUCACGUAUAUUAUGUUGACCGAGAAAAGUGUCCUUGCUUAUGACAUUUUGCGCGCUUGUUGAAGUUUUAUCAUAGCACAUUUAGCACUGAUGUCGUAAGCAAAAGCUUAAGCGCAAAAGGAAUUGCGGUCUCGUUCGAUGUUGGAACGUAUGUUUUUCUGUACCCGAAAGGUCUUCAAAAGUCACGCAUAAAUAUACAUACCAUACGAUUAUCGCAUUAUUGAAAAAAAAGUUAUUUUAUUAUUGCCGAGGAAAAGAUUAUUCGCGAUAUUUUCAUAGUUGAAAGAAAUCAUUUUGCGAGAAUGUAUUUUUAAGGACACAAGAGAAUGACACACACACCGCACAUUAUAAAAGAUGUUAAUUUCCAUAGAUGAUAUGUGCAAAUGUCCGAUUAAAAAUACUUAACGCAUCAAGAUGCUUUUGCGUAGACGUCAGUGCUGGUGAUGAUCAUGGCGGAGAUCUUGAUCACGCAGUCACUAUAAUUAACACUUUCGCUUUACUUCAUUGUGAUGCAGUUACGUAAACGAAUCUCGAUGUGUCGCCUGCGAAUUCGCGAAACUCGCCUAAAUUUUGUAAAUUUCAAUUCUGCCAGUUUUAAAUGUCGCUCGAGGUAAAUAAAAAUAUACGACAAAGAUCCUGAAUGAUUCAUGUACGUAUUAAUAUUCAGUGAUUAGUGAUCGGGAACUGUUGUAAGAACAAUUAUCCGUCAUUACGCAACUGGGACGUAGCAUUCAAAUGCCGCGGAGACGUGCGUUUCUCUUUCGAUCGGCACGUCAUCGAGCGCGACGAUUACGAGCGAUAAAAAAAAAUGGUUCGCCUUUCGCCACAAAUUUCUCCGUGCGGUAUAAUGAUGGGUGUUACGCAGAAAAAUGUCGACGAAGGAAAUACGAAUGAGGAAAAAAUAAUUCGACAUUUGUAACUUCAUUUACGUGGAUAUCAAAAAUGUGGAUAAAAAAUUUUAUUUAAAAUAUUACAUAAUAUGGAAAUUUCAAUAAUAUUUAUGAAAAUUUAUUUAACGUGCGUGGAAUGACAAACGUAAUCUUAUGUAUAUCAAUUUUGCACUCUCAACACGAGUCUUACAUAAUUGCCAUGUUUUUCGAUCGUAUUCAAAUUAAUAUUCGAAUGGGAUCAAAUUGGAAAAUAAUAUGCAAAGCGAUUCGAUGUGUAGAUUCGGAAUUAUAAGCAGCAAAGUUUUUAUAUAUACAUAUUAUACAUACAUAGUGUUUAUAGAAGCUGACAUCUCUGCUUAAUCGACGCGUGACUUCGAGCAGAAAGUUGCGGCGACACGUAGGCAUCGUUGUUAAUGCGUCACCGCGUGACUUGUUCACGGCGGAAGUAUUAUGCAAAUCAGGAAACGACAGGUAGUGUCUUUUUCUCCGAAACGAUCCUUCCCUCGCCGAUGAAAGAGAGCCGCAAAUCAUAUCGCCAAUAUGCAUAUUUAGAGAUUAAAUUCCGCCGGAUUAAAUUCUCUCUCCAGUCGAUCAAUUAUCUGAUUAUAAAAAAAGAAAAAAGAAAAAACAUUUAGGUGCAAACGCAACAUAUGUACAAAAAAAAACGAAUUCCACGCCAUUGAUUAUUAUCGCUCACCGUUAUGCAUGCAUGGAUGCACACUUUAUUAGUCACUGACUAUCGUUAUCACGUUAUUUUCACGCCAAGGCUGCAACGCGGUCGUAUAAUUUCCCCUUUUUUUAUCUUUUUUUUACCGUGCUCUUUCCAGACAUUCGAUCGAAACUUCGCGACGUCUGAUAAAGUAAAAAUGUACAUUGAUUAGUUAUAUAUUGCUGCAGCUACUGUAGUAUGUUGCUGAAGUAGAAAGUGAGUGUAAAAUAUUUAUGAGAGCGAACCGCACCACGAAAGUGUGCAGGUGUGUACGUACACAGGUAUAUCUACAUACGUAUGUAUUUACCAAAUAAGCCAGUCAAAGCUAAUUAAGCGAGUAUGCCAUUAAGUCGCGCAGAAACGUCGGGGAGUGUCUUUGAUUCUGAUUCUGACGCGCGCGCAACAGAGACACGACGAGGAUUAUUUGUGUCUGCAAUUGGAAAAGGUUUUUGCGUGGCACGAAAUUCAUUCAUAUCGAAACGUUAUGUAUUUCAGCAAAACGGUCUUGGCUGAUAGAAAAUUCAGACUUUUAUCGAAAUCUUUUAAACAACGAAGACUUCGAAUUUCGAAUGCCGGGGCAUCACGGUUGUUCGGACACGAGAUGCGUUAUUUCACUUACGGUGCAUUAUAUGCACUAUGCACGCGAACCUUUCCGUCGCCGGCCACAUUCCGUUCUCCCGUGUAAUUUUCAGGGUUAACCGCCAACCGUCGUACGCGAUACUCUAGUUUCAGGAUUGCAACAAACAACCGGUGGAAUGCAAAUUACCUUGAUUGGUAGCUCAAGUGGAGCGCGUUCUUUCUCUCUUCUCCGGUUAAUAAAAGAGCUUUUUGGCGGGGUUUAUUAUUUCCAAGCGAGUCGCGAAAGCUGGAUAUAAAAUCUCAGACAUUCUCCAGGAAAGUCUGCGCUCUGAAUGCUUUACAUGUACGAGAGAAAAAUUACUAAAUUAUUAGACCAUAACGAAUUUCCCCAAAAAAAUGGAAAGGAAAUGUGCGGUGUCGGUGAAAAGUGUUAAGCGAUGUUCGGCACGAGAGGAAAAGUUUUAUUUUGUGAAAAGGAGAAAAUGCGAUAGUAAAAGAUUCUUCAGAUUCUCUUCUCUUUCAUCGAUGUUAUACAGAAAAUGUAAUUAUUAUUGGAGUUUUCAAAGAGAAGGAAGUGCUACAGGAAUCUUGUGUUUUUUCUCCUUUUUCAAAUAGGAAGGAAAGUCUGGUUUCGAAAUUUCGAACAUUUUCCCGAGCUGGAGUACUUCCACGCUCGUCUUAUUUUUCUAGCGUUUUCUCGCUAGGAUGCGCAGCCAUUGUACUUGAAUAUGUAGGAUAAUGCAAUGUCAUGUGAGACGCGGCUCUAGCGAUUUACAAUUUGCAAUUAUAACGCAUAAUUAUAGAAUGUAAACGGCGCUAUCUAGUAUAAAUGCUACGAGAGAGCGGGGUACAGUUACAGCAGACCGACAUUGUAACUGUAAAUCUCCUUGUCGAUUUAAUCGCUCUGUACGUUCGGACAAUCAUUUAUCGUCUUCCAUUCGAUUCCCUCUUUUUUUGCGUACGUUAGUAUGCCAAAUAUAUUAACUCGAUGUAACGACUAUACUAACCGCGUAACGAACGAUAUAUUAAAACUUAUCCGUGUUUACCGUGCGGUAAAUGACCAGCCGACACCGAAGACCGGCUUAGAAAUCACAACGAAAGUCACGAUACAGAUUAAGAAAUGAUAACAUUGUCCACGGUCCGGCCGUAAAUAAUGAUUUUGUUUCUUACUCUGCGUUAUUUUCUACUCGUUAUUUUCCGUCCAUUCGCAUUGUUGUUCGCAAUUCUAUGUAUAUACGACUUCGUCGUGUCUAGGCUUUAAAACAAUACGCGCGUGACGAAGCCACGUUACCAGUCGAUCGCGUAAGGGGACACGCAUAGCGGUACAGGCGCGUGUCCGAGAAUAGUGCCUCAACUCCUCUCCUUCCCUCUUACCCGCCCUUCCGCCGAUGUUGGUAGCCGGUGCGCGAGUACAACAACCGCCGGAAGAGCGGUGCAAGAUGAAGGGGACGAAACGCAGGAAUGCGCUAAUGGCAUCCGGAUGCCGGUGCACUACUCCACGACCUUGCAGCUCUACGCAGUGAAAUGAGAAACUGCAUAGCUGCUUCGUGCGGUAAGGCACAGGUCGCCACUUCAUUGUAUGACAAUCAAUAGUACCAUAAAUUAAUGUAUGUGCAUGCGCGUAUGUGUUAUAUAUGUAUAUGUGAGAGUGUGAGUGUGUGUGAGUGCGUAUGUGCGAUUGGACGCGAUAGUUUAUUUAAAGGCGAUUGCGUCGUACGUAAGACGCAAUCAUUGUCAUUAAUUAUUAACCCUCGCGUCUGAGACGAGCACUGAUAGGAAUGUGCCAUCGAGAAUGCGAAAGAAGACUCAUUACGUUUAUAACUGCAUAUAUAUAUUAUAUAUAUAUAGAUAUAUAGAUAACAUACGGUACGCACACGCGGAACGCGGCGAAUGGCGAGGAAUGAGGAUGGAGUUAUCUCUCAGCGGAGAGAAAAUGCGAAGAUACCCGACGUUGCGCAAGCCGCGCUUUUCCUUCACGACGAAAGUGCGUUGCCGAUCAAACUUCCGCGUGUACGUACACACGUAGGCUAAUGUCAUAAAUAGAGAAGUAAUAUGUGAAUAUAAUGUACACGCGUCUUGUCGCAACAAAUAAAUAUCAUUAACUAAAAAAAAAA